AUGGCGCCCAUUCGCAAAGGGGAAUAUAUGAUCCAGACGAACAGCCAAUCAAGUGCGCGGCUCAACCUCCAACACUACUGGGUCAAAGAGUCCCUGGGCUACCUCCUGCACCCGGACAUCCCGGUCCCCGAAAAUGCAAAGGUCGCGGAUAUAGCUACAGGGACUGGAAUAUGGCCCGUCUCCUUCUCCCGCCUCCCCGCGGUCCCAUCCACAGUCCAAAUCGACGGCUUCGACAUCACAGACGCCAUGUUCCCGCCGCCCGACUGGCUACCGUCCAACGUCUCCCUGCGCACCCUCGACAUCCUACAGCCAGUCCCGGACGAGCUCAAGGGGCAAUACGACGUCGUGUGUAUUCGGUAUUUUGGGGUUCUGAUCCGGAAUAAUGAUCCCGAGUUUGUGUUGAGGAAUUUGGUCGAUCUGCUCAAGCCUGGUGGAUACAUCCAAUGGAUGGAAUCGGACAUCUACAACCAGACCGUCGUCAAGUCCACGCACAGCGCGCUGUACGGAGUCACGACAACGCUAGAGCAGCAUCUCCCGUCCUGGCGGCAGUAUCUCGAUUCGUCCGAGUUGCGCUAUGACUGGCUUAAGACUCUCCCAACGAUCUGCAAGUCCAUCGGCAUGUCCGAGGCGAAGCUCUACACGCCGAAAAUCUUCCCCGCCAUGCGAUUCACCGCGUCGUAUGCUGUGCUUGGUGCGUGGGAGGAGCUCAGCUACAAGUUUCUGGAUGAGCGUCCCGAUAAAUUUUUGGGCUCGGGGCCGGAACUCAGGGAGAAGAUUGACGGGUUCCGGAGAGAGGUUGCGCAGGGCGCGGCGCUGGAUUUGGGGUUUUAUGUUACUGUUGCAAGGAAAUGA